AUGCCUAGCCCGCGCCCCGCUCCUCAAGAUGGCAUCGACUUUGACGGUCUGGACAAUCCAAUCGACGGUGACACACCCACCGGUCCAGCGCCUGGCGUAGCGGUUGCUGCCAAGAUUGAUGAUUACAGCGUCGACGAGUCGGCCGUGACAGACACGAUCGUCUCGGCAGUAGCCGAUGAUGCCUCGGACGACGGUGAAACUCUUUCCCGUCGAGGUACCUGCACCAACAAUGGCAACCUCGGCUGCGGUCCUCGAGUAUCCAGUCCCGCAGACACGCCCGAAGCUUUUCUUGCCUCUACUACGCUAGCCAACCUGGCAAAAGAUGCCAUCAACCCUGCUGGAUUCGUCUUUGUCAAGGAUUCGAGCGGUAAGCCUUGGCGCAACUAUCAAGCCUCUGCCGAGGCCAGCGGCUACUACGGCGUAAAAUAUCUCAAGUCCUACGACGUCAAUGCUUGUGCCGACUUUUGCAAAAGCGCCAACCCCAACUGCAACGCUUUCGUCAUCUACGCCGAGCGUGCUCCGAGCGUCGAUCCUACGGCCGCCAAUCGCAACCCCAAAUCCAUGACCAACCUGGUGUGCACGGCCUACUCUUCGCUCACUACGGCAGCAGCCACGAACAGGGAGAGCUACCGCUACGACUUUAAAGUGGUCAUGGCCGCUUCCAACGCGUAUCAACGUCCUACCAUCAACGACUUGGCUGCUAUUCCAGGCUACACUCUCAACACGCUGCCGGGCUCUCUUCAAGCUCCUUCGGGCUACAUGGGCGCGCUGACGCUGAGCAGCGACUUUAACACUGCAAAUUGCGCCACUGCUUGCACCAAAAAGACUGGAUGCGUGCAGUUUGUGUCGUACGCGCUCGAACUGAACGGCGUGCCAAACGCUCAGCAGUGCGCCUUCUACAACAAGGUCUGGGGCGCAGAGUACGCCACCAACAGUGAGUGAUGCGUGCGAGCGAUGCGUGUGAGUGUGAGGGGAGGCAUAUUUCGCUGACUUGAUUUCCUCAUUCUGUCGCUCAGCUGGUCAAUGGCGCGGCAGCGAUCACGUCACUCUUUCUCGUGUCGUCACUGGCGUGGUCAGCCAGUAA